CUGAAUUUUACACGGUUUCUCCUAUUCAAAUUGAGAAUGCCAAGAAAAAAAAAAUCUAUUCCUAUAAAAUAGAAAAAAUAGGUUUGCCAAAUUAAUCACUAUUUGAAAUAGCUUCUAAACAUUGCAUUGCGUUAAGUGGAAGAUGGGAGUUUUGGUUGGUUAUCUAGACACAAUUUUAGUGCCAUUUAGCCUCUUGCUUACUGUGGGUUACCAUGCAUAUUUAUGGUAUACCUUCAAGACCAAGCCCUCUCGUACCACCAUCAAUGUUGGAAUAGAGUCCCAUAGAAGAACAUGGUUUUCAGACAUAAAGAAGCUAGGAGACGGUAAGAAGGGCAUGUUGGCAGUCCAAAGCUUGAGGAACUCCCAAAUGGUGAUAAUCUUAACAGCUUCAAUUGCAAUCAUUUUCAACAUCUCAUUGGCAGCUCUGACAAACAACGCCUACAACGCAAGCCAUGUCUUUAACUUGGAGCUUUUCGGUUCCAUCUCAGGAGCCACCUUUGCUCUCAAGUUUGGCUCUGCCUCAGUCCUCUUGUUGUCCAGCUUCAUGUGCAGUUCCAUGGCCGUUGCAUAUCUUAUCGAUGCCGUUUUUCUAAUCAAUGCUUCUGUUGAGUUCACAUAUGCUGGGCAUACAAAGAAAGUGCUUGAAACAGGAAACACUUUGGCUCUUAUUGGGAAUCGGCUGCUCUGCAUAGCCUUCCCAAUGGUCCUGUGGAUGUUUGGUCCAGUCCCUGUGGCUGUGUCUUCUGUGGCCUUGGUUUGGUGGUUUUAUGAGCUUGAUUUUGCAGCCAAAAUCACUGAUUUCCAAAAGAAAAGACCCAUUUGAAAGCAAUAUUAUAUAUUAAUUCUAAAUUUAUAACUAUGUAAAACUUAUAGAAAAGGAAAAUUAUCAA